GUAUGGGUGCCCAUGGGCCUGGGUGGGAAUCAGAAAUGUCUGGUGGAAGAGAGGCAGAUUGAGGUUACUUAAGAGUUGAGCAUAUUGUGCCGUACGUUGAGGCAGCGGAAGUUGAGGAAGAUGGGUCAAGGAGGAUUCGUGUGAGUAGUGUCGAUUUGUAUCAAUACAGAGGGAUAGGCCAACGAGUAAUAUAUGCUUCAGUAAGAUUGGCUUUUUAGCAUUCAUAGCAAUGGUUCUAAACUGUACUGCAAGGAUGGAACGUCAAUCACAGAAAAUAGAGGUUGUGGUGGCAGCUGCAGAGAAGUAUUUGGGUGUGCGAGAUUUGACGUCAGAAGAGUUACAGCGUUUGUUGAGUGGUUGUGUCCUGUCCUUUCAGGCCUGAGAUAGGUUUAAAUAGUGGAGUAGGGUGGUGGGUUUUUAACGAGUGUAGGGUUAGAUGGUAGGGUAUUUGUUGAUUUUAUUUCCCUGGCCUCUCUCGCUUCCACCCUCUGUAUUCCUCUUAUAGCCCUGGAACCAGUAGCCUAGGCCAAUGCGUGUCCCAGAAGUAGCAAUAUAGUAGGAAUAUGGUCAACCCAAUAAAAUGAUUGAAUUAAGGAAACGUCUUCCUAUCAGUCUAAUUUGCGUAUACAUUGUGAUUGGUUAUGGAAUCAGGAUAACCUCGAGCUCCUUAAUGAUAGACUGUUCAUAUUUGAAGAUUGCUGAAAGACCAGUUUGGCAAUGACGAGUAGAACGUUAGCUAAAGCGACUGGUACUCAGGCUAACAGAAAAGCACCUUAUAGAUUUUGUACUUAAAUGUUUUUGUGUAAACUGAGAACUGACAUUGCAACUCUAUUAGGUUGUUGUUUGUGUACUAGCUACAUCAACCUAUUCACAGAACAUAUUUUCAGUAUUCGUGUGAAAAUCAAGAAUGGACCUUAUAGUUUUUAAUCCCCUUUUAAUUUAGUUUGUUUGUUAUCAGAAGUGGAUGUUGUCAAUGACCCCCAUGCUUUCCCAUCCAAUUAUCUUUGAAGCCCCAGCUGCCUUUGGCUUUAUCUGUGAAACGACCUAUCACACACAUUCUAGGGUCCUGAGCAGGAAACAUGAAAUCCCUGGAAAAACCACCAGUGUGCAACCUCAUGUUAACUCAUGUGGAUCAUUUGGAGAAAAAAAAUCCCAAGCUGAAGCUACUUGCUGCUUUGUGGGUCUGGAAAACUCCACAAAAGGAGAGGAAGGAGAAAAGGGAGUGAAAGGAGCACCUGGGAAGCCAGGAAGAAUGGGUCCACCAGGGGAGAUGGGACAUCUGGGAGUUAAAGGGCAGAAGGGAAUAAUGGGACAUUAUGGGAAGAUUGGCCCCAGUGGAGUCAAAGGUGCAAAGGGAGAUAUGGGUGAUGCUGGAUCAAGGGGCCCGAAUGGUGAUCCAGGUGUUCCAUGUGAAUGCACACCCCUGAGGAAAAUUAUUGGUGAGAUGGACAUCUUAGUGACACAGUUAUCCAAUGAGCUGAAGUUCAUAAAAAAUGCACUGCCCUCCCCUGCAGCUGUUGCCGGCAUCAAAGAGACCGACAGCAAGGUCUAUCUGCUGGUCAAGGAGGAGAAACGCUACACCGAUGCAGAGGUCUAUUGUCAGGGGAGGGGUGGACACCUGGCCAUGCCCAAGGACGAGGGGGCCAAUGCGGCCAUCGCUGGGUACAUCACAGAGGCGGGCCUGAGCCGGGUGUACAUUGGUAUCAACGACAUAGACCGCGAGGGCCAUUUCACCUGCGUGGAUAACUCUCCAAUGAGCACCUUCAGCAAGUGGAGGGAAGGGGAACCCAACAAUGCCUACGAUGACGAGGACUGUGCUGAAAUGGUGGCGGUGGGGGACUGGACCGAUGUGGCCUGCCACUCCACCAUGUACUUUGUCUGUGAGUUUGACAAGGACAGUGGCUGAGGAGCAUUUGUUUGAAAGUGGUAGUGAAUUAUAGAGAAGCCUUUUAUAGAGUUCUACAGACGUUGUUCAGUAUGUAGAAUUAUUCUGACACCGCUGCAUUUAAUUGUAAUCACCCAGCAGUGCUAAAUAUCAUUGUACAGUAUAAAAGAUUGAGUACUGACAUGCAACAACAGUUGUGUAAAGACAUGGUGUUUCUUCUCAGUUGUUCCAGUUUUCUUCCUUUUUGACUUGAAUGUUUGACUUGAAUGGAUGCUGUUUUUAUAAACCAUUGCAUUUAAUGGA